AUGUCUUUGGAUGACAUCCUGGCCCACGGGAGCUCCUUCCAAACAGCGUCGGAGACUCUGAGGCUGGUGUUGCAGAGAGUGUCUGUGGCGGGCCUGAAAUUACACCCACAAAAGUGCCGCUUCAUGAGGAAGGAAGUGGAGUUUAUGGGUCACAGGCUGGGGGGGAGAAGGCAUCAGCACACUGCCGCCCCCCUGUACCACCUGCUGCAGAAGGGCAGGGGAUUCACCUGGAUGCCACAUUGCCAGCAAGCCUUCAACUAUCUCCAGAAGGCACUGACAGAGGCUCUGAUUGGCUGCCUGGUUCAGAUGUUUUUCAUUCACUCUAUAGGAGCUUUUCAGUCGACGUUGCUGGUAUGGAUGGCGCUGGACCGCUACUUUGCCAUCUGCACGCCACUCUACUACCAUGAACGCAUGGCGUUAACGAGAUUCCUCAAGUUCAUCAUUCCGCUAGUACUCAGAAACGUGUUCAUGGACUCGCUGUUAGUGAGCCUGGCAGGAAAGUUGUCAUUCUGCAGAAACGUGAUGAACCACUGUUUCUGUGAGCACAUGGCCUUAGUGGAGCUGGCCUGUGGAAGCACCGCCAUCAACAACCUGGUUGGGUUGAUGACAGUGGUCCUCAUCCCUUUAGUUGACUUCAUCAUUAUCACUGCCUCCUACAUCAUCAUAUUCAGCUCUGUGCCCAAGUCCGGUGGGUCCGGGGUCAAAGCACUCCAAACGUGCGUCACCCACAUCGUGGUCAUCAUCGUCAGCCUGACCAUCGCACUUGUUGCUUUCCUGUCGUAUCGGAUCAGAAAUGGUCUCCCUGCUGAAAGUCGAGUUUUCUUCAGCACCAUGUAUGUGCUGUUCCCAAACUGUUUCAACCCGAUCACCUACGGCAUCAGAACCGCCAAGAUCCGACAGAACAAAAGUGUAAAGUGA